UACACUAUUGAAACUAUGAGAUCAUUUGGGCAAGAACCUACACUUACUGAAUUAAAUCAAGCCAUUAUGAACGAAGCAAAGUAUAAAGGAAAUUGGUCUGCAGCUACUACGUUAUUUCAAGAUUUUGAUAAAUUGGUCUGGAAGAGAUUGGCACGUUUAGAUAAUAUGACCAAGAAUUUGGAAAAUGUGGAGAUGCGGAAUGAAACAAAUAAGUUAACGUUUACGCAACUUUGGCUUCAGACACCUGUCGCCUUACGUCCAUUAAGUAAAACUGAAAUAAGAUAUAUCCGACAAGCUUACCAGAUAAUGAGUAACGAUAUUGACAUCAUGGAAAAAGGACUAGAAUUAGUUCAAAUUGCUUUAAACAGAAACUUGCAAAAUAAGCAAUUGGAAGUGUUGGCUGAUGUUUCAAAGGAAAUUUUUGCGCAUUACGGGUUGCGGCUUAAUAAAAUUCAUGGUUCAUUAGAGAAAAACGUUUCUAGUAAUCAAAAAUCUGUUUAUGAUGUUAAUAGCUUGAUAGGUUGUAAAAAGGGUAAAAAGAGUGGAAAACAUGGUAAUCGAUCUCUUAGAAUUCCAGAACCAAUGUCAGCCGAUCUUAUGGAAUGA